AGAAGCAGAUUCAAUGCUGUUUGUAUUCUGAAGAUGCAGCUCUCAUUGGUUUUCAGAGCUGUGCUGCUGCUUUUCCUGCUUGCCCUUAUACUAGGUGUAGAAUGCGAUUCUUCUGAGAAAAAGUCUAAAAGAAACGGAAAAUCGAAACGUUUAGGUGCUGGACGUAUAAAGAAAGGACUGUGGGUCGUCCAGGACUCAUCUCCGUACAGCUCAAUGAGUGCCUCCCUGUCUCCAAGCAGAUCUUUGUCACCAUGGACAUAUGAAACUUCCUUUAACGAUUCACGAAUCCCACAGAAAAUCUCUGAGGCAAAAUGUGAAAAAAGAGGCUGUAUAACUGAAGAUGGUGAGGAAGACUUUGGACUGGAGUCUAAACCCAUCUACUACCAGAUCAAUGUUCUGAGGAGGGUGAAGGGCAAAAACAAGACGCACUACGCCCUUAAACUGGAGACUAUAAGUGUUAGUCUAGGCUGUACAUGCGUUUUACCCAUUGUUGUGCCUCAGAAUUAGUUCUUUACUGUACUUUUAACUGUGUACUGCUAUAUUGUUGUAUUAAUCUGCCAAUACAGAAAACUUCUGCUGUAAUCUUUUCAUCAGCUUUGUAUUUAUUGUAAUCUCGAUUAAUAAAAUAUUAUUGUAAU